GUCUGGGUGGGCAGGCCGAGAAGCCUUGCUGUGUGGAAGCAAAGGGUUGAGGACAGACCCGCUCGGAGUGCGGCUCCCCUCCCUUGCCCGGCGGAGAGCACAUGGCCCCUGCAGCUGUCACUCAGGCACCUCCUCCUCCCCCUGCUGGACACGCACUGGGACGGCGCGGCCUCCCCCUGCUCUCACCCAGCGCUGGGCCACCAGCGGGGAGGCGGAGCAGAGCAGCCGCUGCUGCAGCCGGAGUCGGCGGGGAGGGUUCGUGAAGAAGUGGCCGGCCCCGCUCCCCUCCUGUGCUGCCGGGCAUGAGCCCCGGCUCCCUGUCCUGCCGGUGCGGUGCCAGCAGCCGCGGGGCUCGGGAAGAGGCGACCUUCCGAGGGGGCCGCUGGGGCGGGAGAUGCGCCUGUUCCCAGCGGCGCCAGGAGCAGUAUGUUCCCCGAUGCCGACAGCACUAGCAGCAGCGGGCAGCCCGAGUCGGCGGGCGCCGCACUCGCCGGCGCCCCGGGGACGCACAGCCCCGGCGGCCAGUCCUGCCGCAGCAGCGCCCCCGAGGCAGACGCCGUCGCCGGCGGGGAGGAGGACGCGGACGACGAGGAAGAGGAGGAGGAUGCCGGCUCGUCCCGCCUGAUGCUGGCGGCCGGGCUGGGGCUGCUGGCGGUAUCCGUGUUCCACCUGGGGCGGGCGGAGGCGGGGGACGGAGGGCAACCGUGCCUGGCCCUGCUGCUAUUGCGGGUGGCCCUCUACCUGGGCUGCGCGGCGGCCGCCUUCCUGCUUGGCACCGUGCUCGCCUUGAGCUGCCCGACGCGAGGCCGCCUCCGGCCCCCGCCGGACUUCCCCGCCUCCUGGAGCCGCGAGCCGAGGGGGGAUGCUCCGCUCCUGCGGGCAGCCACGAGUCAUUUGUCUGGAAAUGCACAUGAAUCGCUCCAGUCUAGGAGAGUGGUCAUUUCGCAUAACAUGGAUAAAGCUCUGAAAGAAGUGUUUGACUACAGCUACAGAGAUUACAUUCUGUCCUGGUAUGGGCACCUCAGCAAAGAUGAAGGACAGCUAUACCACCUGAUAUCUGAAGAUUUCUGGGAAAUUGCCAAGCAGCUGCGACAGAGGCUGAGUCACAUUGAUGUAGUGAAAGUUGUCUGCAGCGAUGUAGUGAAAACUUUACUCACACACUUCUGUGACCUUAAAGCAGCCAAUGCCAGGCAGGAGGAGCAGCCAAGACCAUUUUUACUCCAUCCAUGCUUGAGGAACUCUGAAGAAGAAGUAAGAUUCCUGCAAUCAUGUUCUCAAAUUCUGGUGUAUUGUCUCCUACCCUCAAAGGAUUCCCAGUCUCUCAGCUUGCGCAUAGUCCUUGCAGACAUACUUGCAACAAAAGUACUGAAGCCAAUGGUGGAGCUGCUGAGUGAUCCAGAUUAUAUCAACCAAAUGCUGCUCAGCCAGAUGGAGUACAGAGAACAGGUGAAUGAGCAUCACAAGAAAGCCUACACAUAUGCUCCUUCCUAUGAGGAGUUCAUCAAGCUCAUUAACAGCAACUCUGACGUUGAAUUCCUGAAACAACUAAGGUAUCAAAUCGUAGUGGAAAUAGUUCAAGCAACCACAAUCAGCAACUUUCCCCAAAUGAAGAGACAGAAAGAUACUAAAGGUAAAGAAACUGCUGCAAUGAAAGCUGACCUCUUGAGGGCCCGCAAUGUGAAAAGGUACAUUAAUCAGCUGACUGUGGCAAAGAAGCAGUGUGAGAAGAGAAUAAGGCUUCUAGGAGGUCCGGCUUAUGAUCAGCAGGAGGAUGGUAUCUCUGAUGAGGGGGAUGGCCCUCAGAGCCAGAAGAUUCUCCAGUUUGAGGAUAUUUUGGCCAACCCAUCCUACCGAGAGCACUUUCGACUGUACAUGGAAAGGAUGGACAAGAGGGCUUUGAUUAGCCUUUGGGAGUCCGUGGAAUAUCUGAAGAAUGCUAACAAGACUGAAAUACCUCAACUAGUGAGUGAAAUUUAUCAGAAUUUCUUUGUGGAAAGCAGAGAAAUCCCUGUGGAAAAGUCACUUUACAAAGAAAUACAGCAAAGUCUUGUGGGCAAUAAAGGCAUUGAAGUUUUCUACCAAAUUCAGACUGAUGUUUAUGAAACAUUAAAGGACAGGUACUACCCCUCCUUCAUUGUCAGUGAUUUAUAUGAGAGGCUGAUCAAGAAGGAAGAAGAGAGAAUUGCAGUUCAGUUGACCUCUGAGGACAGGGAUGAAGUGAGCCAAGGUUGCGAAGAAGUUAUUGAUGAAUGUGGCGGAAGAAUUAAUGAACAGGCCAAUUAUGCUGUAAAUAAACUUCGCCAGCUAAAUGACAAACUUGAAUUUAAGAGACAGGCUCUUAAUUCCAUAUGUAAUUCACCAAAACCUGACAAAAAGAUUGUUUCCAAACUGAAGGAUGAAAUUUCUCUGAUAGAGAGAGAACACAAUGACCUUCGGUUGCACAUUGCAAGAACAGAUUGGUGGUGUGAAAAUCUUGGCAUGUGGAAAGCCUUCAUAAAUACAGGCGAGGUUGUAGAAGAAAAUGGGGAACAAGUUCCCUGCUACUUUGUCAUGGUGAGUUUACAAGAAGUUGGUGGAGCUGAAACUAAGAACUGGAGAGUUCCCAGAAAGCUCAGUGAGUUUCAGAAUCUACACCGAAAACUCAGUGAGUGUUUUCCAUCAUUAAAGAAAGUUCAGUUGCCUUCUCUCAGUAAACUGCCGUUCAAAUCUAUAGAUCAGAAAUUCAUGGAAAAGUCCAAGAACCAGUUAAAUAGCUUCUUACAGAAGCUGCUUUCUGAUGAAAGACUGUGUCAGAGCGAAGCACUUUAUGCCUUUUUGAGCCCAUCCCCUGAGCACCUCAAAGUUAUUGAUGUGCAAGGAAAGAAAUCUGCUUUUUCACUGUCAUCAUUUCUGGAAAGACUUCCUGGUGAUUUCUUUCCUCAUCAAGAGGAGGAGGCAGAAGAGGAUAGUGACCUGUCAGACUAUGGAGAUGAAGUGGAUGGUAAACGAGAUGCUCUUGCUGAGCCGUGCUUCAUGCUGAUUGGAGAGAUUUUUGAGCUGCGAGGAAUGUUUAAGUGGGUCAGAAAGACACUAAUUGCACUAGUACAAAUCACUUUUGGAAGAACUAUCAACAAACAAAUACGUGACACAGUAAGCUGGAUAUUCAGCGAGCCAAUGCUUGUUUACUACAUCAGUGUAUUCCGAGAUGCUUUCUGGCCAAAUGGAAAAUUAGCAGCCCCAACAAGAUGCAAAGGUGAAGAGCAAAGUCAGGAGACAAAACAGAGAGCACAGCAAAAACUACUUGAAAACAUUCCAGAUACUCUACAGAGCCUUGUUGGACAACAAAAUGCCCGUCAUGGUAUAAUCAAAGUGUUCAAUGCACUGCAAGAAACCAGAGCCAAUAAGCAUCUACUAUAUGUGUUGUUGGAACUGCUGCUAACUGAACUGUGUCCUGAGCUAAGAAUUCAUUUAGAGCAGCUUAAAGCUGCUCAUGUUUGAAUCUGCACAAGUGAACCACUAGAGAAAUGUCUGUGUAAUAAUAGACAUGAAACUUAUCUUCCUCUUUUCCACAGAGGACUGACUGAGGACUAUUGAUUAUUUUUUAGUUUUCUUUCUCCAGUUUUAUGUGAAGUAAACAGACUUGAAAAGAUCUGAUGCUGUAGUAGGGUAGAAAAACAAUGCUGCAUUGCUGCCAGCUUUAUUUAAAUUGUUAUAUUUGAAUACUUUUCAGUUUAAAAUACUGACUGAAAUAUAAAUGUUAAUAUAAGUUGUAAGAAUCUAGAAAAUAUUUUAAACAUUUAUCAAAAAUGAAGUUUUGCUUACUAGUGGUAAACUAAUGAAUGUUGUACAGUUAAUUUCCUCAUUGAGGAUUUGAACACUCCGUUAUUGCGUAUUGAAGAGCCUUGUUGUGCAAUACUUCAUGUAAAGUUAUUGUGAAAAUUUUAUCUAUUUUAUUUUUACCAAAUUUCAAGCAUUUGUAAGCAAUAAAUAAGAAAAGUGGAUUAUGGUACUUGAUGAUAAUUAGUAGUUAGUGGAUGAGUAUGACAUCAGUAAUUUCAGAGGGAAUAUUUUCAUUGUAUUGUAGUCUAUGUCCAACAUGCGUCACAUAAAUUAGCAUGUCAUAAUGGAAAGCAUCUGAUCAAUCAUUAAUUAGAAAUUGCUUAUCUCCUUGAUUAGCUGACAUUCAAACCUCUUGUUGCACUCUGACAUUAUUCAGGAUUGCUGUGUUUAAAUGCACGUAACUUUUAAAUCUAUUCCUGAUUUUAUACAAUGGAAGUAAAACAGAUACUUC